AGGUCACGACAACAAAGGUUUUUAUAACUUGUGUCUUUAAAGGAUAUUCUGACUGAAGAGAUAUUUAAGAAGCUCUUCUAUUUCGCCAUUAACUAUUAAGGAAUAACAAUCAGAAUUCUAGAAGAGGGAACAGUCUCAUUUAAAUGAAUCUGUAACUCGUAAAGACAGAAGGCAGGUCGGUGACCUAAGAGCAACAGCCUACUUGAGAUUUAGUUUUCAUUAUGUUUUUCAUGAACACCCAGAACACUGCACUAUAAUGCACAAAUGGAUACUGACAUGGAUCCUGCCAAUUUUGCUCUACAGAUCAUACUUUUACAUUAUCUUUCUAAUGGGCACUAUAUCUUUAGCUUGCAAUGACAUGACUCCAGAGCAAAUGGCUACAAAUGUGAACUGUUCCAGCCCUGAGCGACAUACCAGAAGCUAUGAUUAUAUGGAAGGGGGGGAUGUAAGAGUGAGAAGACUUUUCUGUCGAACUCAGUGGUAUAUGAGGAUUGAUAAGCGAGGCAAAGUAAAAGGGACACGAGAAGCAAACAACAACUACAGUAUUCUAGAAAUCCGAACAGUGGCAGUUGGAAUAGUGGCAAUCAAAGGAGUGGAAAGUGAAUACUUUCUGGCAAUGAACAAGUCAGGAAGACUCUAUGGAAAGAAAGUAUGUAAUGAAGACUGCAACUUCAUAGAACUGAUUGAAGAAAACCAUUAUAAUACAUAUGCUUCUGCAAAAUGGACACACAAAGGAAAGGAGAUGUUUGUUACAUUAAACCACAAAGGGGUCCCCAUGAAAGGUAAAAAAACAAAGAAAGAACACAGAGCAUCCCACUUUCUUCCUCUGGCAAUAUCCUAAUCACAAAUGAUCUAUAAAGAACUAGUUCCAGCAGGAAGAUUAUUUUAAAGAAGACUAUUUGACAAGAUAUCAAGAGAGGCUGGAAUACUACUGAGAAACUGAACAAGCUGGACUUGCGCAUUUAUGUUUAUUUUUAAGAGACUACAUGGAAAAGAUUUGAAAAUAUACACAAAACCAGAUUUACUAACUGAAAGUUGUAAAAAAUUCUAAAGAGUUGUACAAUCGUUAUCUUAGUCAUUGUAACUGGGUAGUUUCUUAAAUUAAUUUACCCUGAUGAAUAAGUCAUUACUUGAUUAUCUGAUAAUAUUUUAUUUAAAAAAACCUAUCUGCUUCUUAAAUAUGGCUGCUAUAAUAAUAAUAAGCAGAUGAUAAUGUGUAAAAUAUGUCAGACUUUAAGGCUGCUGGAAUGAGUUGUCAGAUUAUCAAGUCAAUAGUAAAUGUGGAGGCUGAGCAGUAUUUUAAAUACUUCCCCUGAGAAACUGAUAUCCUAUACAUAAACUAUAUGAUCAGAAAAAAGUAUAUAAUCUUGUAAAUGUUUAUUGUUGUAUUCAGAUAAAAGAGUUAGUUGGGAAAAAUUAAGUUUACUCUACUACAAAUGUUCCUAUCUAUUAAUGAAACAAAUAACUAAUGCUGCUCUAAAAGAUGUUUCAAAUAGUGUAUGUAAAAUAAGAAUAGGAAUAAAUAAUGUACUUCAUCUCACUUUUCACAAAUUAACAUUUUAUAUAACGAUGAAGCAAAAAUUCAGACAUAUUAAGAUUUUUUAUGUAACAUAUCUUAUCUUUUGUAUAAUUCCUGUUAGGGCAUACAGCUUUCAAUAUUGUUUUUCCAUCCUUAUA